AGAGAGAGACAGCCAUGUCCGGGUGAUGGGAGGCUGAGCUCCCUCCCUCCUUCUCCCGGCUCUUUUUUUUUUUUUGCGGCUGCCGGGGGUGUUUUCAGGGAGGGGGAGAAACCACUCUGCGGCUGGUGGAGGGGGGCGACGGUGUUGGCGCCCUUGCUCCCCCCGCGGAAGGAGCGAUGGAGCUGCCGCCUCUCAGCCUCCGGGCCGGGAGGAAAUAGCGCUCUGCCCACUCUCAGCUGCACGUCUCCCUUUCGGGACCACCGGUGCAGCCGCUCCUCUUGCUUUCUUAACCCCGCAAAGCCCUGGGAGCUCCUUACCCUGACUAAUUUUUAAUCCGUGUAGUUUGGGCUUCAUUUAUUUCCCCUGUUCCACCCUUCGAUCUCCGGGUCUCCUGGAACCCUCGUCCUGCGGAACUCCCUGCCUCUUGAUUGCCAGCGCGAAGCCCUCGGGAAAGGGGGCAAGCGCGCUCCAGCCCAUCCGUUUGCUUGUCGCGGUGGAUUCCCCACUCCUGGCGGGCAGCGAUGUUGCUGUCGCCUCUCUCCUUCUCGUCGUCUUUCCCGAAGUUAACCCAAGGGAACCGUGAAGAGCAAAGCCCCAGCUCUUAGUUGCGAAAAUGUGGCAAAGCAUUGGCCUGUCCUUGUUGGUCGUCGUGGCCGCCCUCGCUUGCUUUCUGCUGCUAGUGCUUUGCGGUGAGUACUUUCUAUUGAUCUAUCUUCCAGUAACCAGAAGUGUCUUGCUUUUCUCCUCUCUCUCCGUUCCCUUUCCUGUGGUGGGAAAAAGGGAAAGAAGAGAAAGGUGCAAUAGCAUGAAACAAUAAUGAUUUCCCCAGCCUUUCUUUGUCCGCUUUGAUUUUGGGAAUGAUGCUAAAUUAUCAUCCUCAUUGUGGUCCAACUAGAAAGCCACAAGUGCUGCAAUAAGCCUGGGGGGAUGUGGGUUCAAAUUCCCACCCAGCCAGGAAGGUCGCUGGGUGAUCUUUGGGCCAGCCAUUGACCCUCAUCCUUACCUACCUCACAGGGUGGUUGUUCUAAUAAUAAAACGGAAGGGGAGAACAACAUAUGCUUCCUUGAGCUCCUUAGAAAAAAGGCAGGAUAUAAAUAUAAGUGAUAGACAUAAAAGUAAACAAGCCACACACUUAUUAGGGGUGAAUACUCAGACAAGAGGCCCUUAAAUGGAUUCAUGUUAAACCUGUUGUUCUAAUUGUGUGGGUGUGUUAGGACACACACACACACACACCCUGGAUUUGUGGUGAAGCAGGUGAGUGGAGGAAAGAAUAUGGUCCCCUUUCCCUUUUUUACUCAAGAAAAGAUGAAAACCUAAACACUUACUAAAAAUAUAAUUCCAACUGAGAUUGUAAGAUGUCACCAGAGUUGAUUAUCUAGAUUUAUUUUCAAAAGACCAAACUGAUAAAAAGGACUUUGGUGGCGUGGAAGUUUGCUAGAUGGAGUCUAUCUUGGUGUCCAGGCAGUAGCUUAUAGUCCCAAAACAGCAGCAAUAAGGAAUCAUCGUCCAGCUUCCAAAAAUAGCCAGGAAUGAAGUUAAGAAGAGUCUGUUAUCUGAAUGAUGGUGUGUAGUUAUUUAACCCUUAAGAGCUUUGGGCUUGAAUGGAAGCAGUUGGUGGUUUUUAAGACAGCCGCAGGUGCUAUGAUAGCUGGCAUCCAUUUAUUUUUGCCCUGUUUUAUCUCUAAUCCUACAAGUUUUGCAACUGGCCAAAGCACAGGAAGAAAAUUGCCUGGCGGGGGUGAUAGUGGGAUGAGCAUGUGCACCACUGGAGGGGGGCACAGUUGCUGGCACCUCUGGUUAAAAGGAUCAGGUAGCAGUUAAUGCGGGAAGCUGCUGUCCUGCUGUUCUACACAUUUAAAGCAAUAUUAUACCACCUUAAGUAGCCAUGACUUCUCCCAAUGAAUCCUGGGAGCUGUAGUUCCUUAAGGUUGCUAGAGAGUUGUUUGGAGACCCCUGUUCUCAGGGUGGUUUUAAUAGGUGGCCGUUCUUCCCAUGGAAUUCUGGGAAUUGUUGCACUUAGAGGCCUCCUAAGAAUUCCCAGCACCCUUAAUAAACUACACUUCCCAGGAUUCUUUGGGAGAAGCCGUGGCUGUUUAAGGUGGUAUGGUGCUGCUUUAAAUGGAUAGUGCGGAUGGGGCCCUCAGGGUUAGACAGUCCUUGGCUAGAUGGACAGCCUGAUCUGGUAUAAGGCAGCUCUUCAUAAAAAUGAAAGGAAUGUUGAACCAAGUGCUGAACCAAGACUUAGGAAGCUUAGAAGGGUGUCACAUUCUGCAGUCUUUUAGGACUCAGCAAACGUCGCGUAAGCUCGUCAUGAGCCUAUUGUUGGGGUUCAGUCCUGCCCAGCUGAAAGCUGAGGUCUCCUAAAAGGAGGAGAAAGGGGAGCAGUGCCCAGCAGAUUGCCACGCUGCCAGCAAAGAGCCAUUUGAUCUGGACAUUCAUUGCUGAACCAACAGCUUUCUUGCAGUUCCAAGCUCCUUGAUCCAGAAAUAUGGAUCCUUCACAACCCCUAGGCACCACUGCUCCCUUCCCCCUGCCUUAUCGCUGGUGAUGGUAUGUGACAAUGACAGAAGUUAGUGAACCCUGCAGGGUUUUUACAUUUGCAAUGAAGCCACAACACCUGGUGCAUUAAAAUAAGACACUUGCAAGAUUUUGGCCUGGAUGACUAAAUUGCCGUGAAUGUUUUUCUUUCAAUACCCAUGUGGGUCAAAUUGAAAGCACUUUUUCUUAGAACAAACUUUACAGCUGUAGAUGUUAAAUUCAUACAUAUGCAGCGUUUUUUUGAAAUGGAGGCAUGGUUUAUAAAAUUGGGGGGGAGGCAAAUAAGUGGCUGAAAAAGCUGUGCAUGUUUUGACUUCCAAGACACUUAAGGGGUGAUACGAUAGCAGUUGGAGCUGGAUCCUUAUCAUUAGACAGAAUGACAUGGCUGCCUCUGGUGCAUUGAAGGAUGCUAUCCUGUAGCUAUUGUUAGGUAAGUGUCCAGAUGGCUUUAUAUGGAACGGGAAGGGGUUCCCUUCUUGACAGGAGAUUCCCCACCACAUUCUGAUACUCUCACAAUUCAUGGAGACACACAGCUUGUGUACAAACACCUGUUAAAUACAGUAAGCAUGCAACUUACAUGCAUUUAUUUGUGCGCAUUCAGCUUUACAUACAUGGCGAUAUAAAUAAAUAAUAAAGGGGGCGAGGUUCCAGGAAAAAUGACUUUGGCAAUCCCACCUACCAUUGCAGCCGAUGGGUUUUGACCAUAUACAAUUUGGGCUUUAGGUGCGAUCCCCAUAAAGUAACCCCCACGUAAGUUGCAAGAUUCCUCUCACAACAAGAGUUGGGUAGAAAAUUGUCAAGUGCAGCUUUUGCAACAUCUACACAAGUGAUAGAUUAAAUUUUCUCCUUUUAAUGCAAAUCCUAGACGUUUUAGAGUCGCUUCCAAAAAAAGCAUUUUGAACAUGGCAUCAAGUUUGGGGGGAAAUCUAUAUUGCUGAUACCUGAAACUGGAAAUCUUUUCCAAUUUUCACCUAGUAUAGUAUGUAUUAUGCAUGGAAUGUAAUUUCCUGACCUUUUCUGUAUUCACUGAAGGCCUUCAUUGAUGGCAAACAAAAGCUUGUGGACAUUGAGAAAUUUCAAUUUCAAUUCAUGUUGCUAAAGAUUAUGGGCAGGGAGCAGAAUGUCUUGGGCUGGAACUGGGAGUCGCCUUCAAAUAUCUGAAAGGCUGCCACACACAGAAGAUGGUUUGCUCCCUGUUACUCCACAGGGCAGGGCUAGAACCGGUGGGUGGAUGUUACAGGGUAACUGAUCUCGGCCAAACAUUAGGUGUAACUACCAAGUCAAGUCAAGUCAAGUAACCUUUAUUGGCAUCACAUAAGAACAUUCAGAAUACAUUCAGAAUAGAUAGGCCAGUGCAAUCUCAUCGCCCCCCCCCCCCAACGGCACAGUCACCCACCAAAGGGCAGAAGAGGCGAGCAAUCCGCCUCAUCUCUGUGGGUUUCCAGCAAGGGCAGGAUCCUGUAGCGUACUUCGGCGACAAAAAAAAUCAAAUAGAGGAACUUAGCUACUGUCUUGUUGAGCUCCUGGUCUCUCCCCUGUAAUAAGAAGCGCAUAACCUCCGUCUCUGGUUUCCAUGUUGGAAUACAUAGAUGGUCUAGAAAUUGUUGGCGGAGAUCAUCAUACAUUUUACAUUUAAGGGCCAUGUGAGCUAGAGUUUCCACCAGGUGGUAACUACCUAGUGGCAAGAGCUGUUUGCCAAUGAAACGGCCUGCCUUGAGAGGUGGUGGGGACAUCGCUCCUCCUGCAAGGUUCUUCCCAGAUCUUUGAUUCUAGGAACAGAACACAGACUUGUCAAGGGAGUUGUGUUCAAGCACCUCUCCUUGUGUCGCUCUGGUCCUGCUGUGACUGAGAUCGAUACAGCUGCUUAUCCUCAGAUGCUGAGAUGAGGUGUUCCAGAUUAUUUCAUUGCCAAUAACCGAAAGCAGCUGCUUGAGUCCCUGUAGGAAUUUGGCAGAUGCUUUUAAAAGAUGCUGGGUUUUGUUUACUUUUGCUUUGCUGCUUUUCCAGGUGACAUGCUCGAGCUUAACUCUUUCAGCAUUUGGGUGUUGGGUAAAAGGGACUUCUUUCCACCAAACCACCAAAGGCUUUGAACAUUAGGUGGUGUCUUGUGACAAUUGUGUAUUUGCUUCCUGCGGAAAAGUGACCUGUGGCAUAGAUUUUUUUUAAAAAAAACACAGCAACCGGGAGGUGUAACUGGAUAGAGGAAAACAAGGGAUUGUAAAACCACAAAAAUUGAUGUGAGCGUGUAGCCGGCAGGUGCAGGAGCACCUGAAAGCCUUUAACAACCAGCCUCCUGUAUACCUGAAGGAGCGUCUCCACCCCCAUCAUUCAGCCCCAUCAUUCACUGAGAUCCAGUGCCGAGGGCCUUCUGGCGGUUCCCUCAUUGCGAGAAGUGAGGUUACAAGGAACCAGACAGAGGGCCUUCUCGGUAGUGGCGCCCACCCUGUGGAACACCCUCCCUUCAGAUGUAAAGGAAAUAAGCAGCUAUCCUAUCUUGAAAAGACAUCUGAAGGCAGCCCUGUUCAGGGAAGUUUUUAAUAUUUAAUGCUGUACUGUUUUUAACAUUUGAUUAGGAGCCGCCCAGAGUGUCUGGGGAAACUCAGCCAGAUGGGCGGGGUAUAAAUAAUAAAUUAUUAUUAUUAUUAUCAUUAUUAUUAUUAUUAUUAUUCAAGGUUGCUCGCUUUUACUGUCGCUAUGUUUGCUUUUGCAGUACGGCUGUCCUUUUUGACAAUCUGCCUUUCAGUUUCUUUCAUCAUUGACUUGAAACUCUGGAUUUUACAGUCUGGAUUUAUACAACUUUCUGGUCUCCGUGGCCCUAGUUUGACACUCUAACCACUAUACCACGCUGAUUCUCAACAGUUAGAUAGGUUGUCUUGCCUUUCCUCCAGGGAGCUGAAGGCAGCACACAUCUUCCCAUCUCUGCAUUUUAUCCUUACAACAGUCCUCUGAACAGGGCAACAGGGCUCCCCCGAGGGGAACUUACAGGAACUCAGUUCCGGCACCUCUCAGUUGGGUGCCAUUGCCAUUAUAAGAGAACAAAGGAGUUGUUCACAGUGAUUUCCUGCACCUCCUUUUCUAGGAAAAUAGCACUGCCUCUGAAGUUUUAUCAUCCUACUGGCACUUGGAGACAUAUCGGUGUUGACAAGCAUGCACCCAUCUCUUGACUCCAACCUCCUGCUUUAAUUGUUAUUCUGUUUUAACAGGCUUGUUUUACUGUGCAUUUUAAAUGUGCAGGUUUAAAAUGUUUAUUAAAAUAUUGCAUGUUUAAAAUGUUCGAUGUUUUGAUGGAAUUGUGUGUAUUUAUUGUGUAUUUUCAAUUAAAACAUGUUAAUAUUUUGUAAUUGUCUUUUAUACUUGGAAACCGCUUAGAAGCCACUUUGCUGAUUAAGCGGUAUAUAAAACAAUAAUGGUUGUGAUGAUGAUGUGUGGACUUCAACCUCGAUCUUCACUGUCACAGCCCGACAGUCUAGCAGCUACAUCACACUGGCACUUAAGCUUUCUGUGUCUGCCAAAGGUAACAUAAACAUCUACACGCACAACAUCUGUUCAUGUAUGGGACAGUGUGUUUGUGUGUGUUUAGUUGCCCUGGCACAGCCUCUUCUUGUUUUUCUAUGUAGAUGUUCACAACAUCAACUUUUUUUUUCCUUUCCUGGCACCUUCUGUAGGUUGGUACGUUGUCUGGCACCUCUUCCUGUCGCAGUUCCGGUUCUUACGAGAGCUGAUAGGAGACACAGGAUCUCAACAAGGGGAUAAUGCCGUGGUUGAGCCUGAAGCAGAGCAGGAUGUGCCAGCCGCUCCACAGAGGAGAUCUGCCCGGCAGCGAAGGGCACCUGCUGAAGAAGCAACUUAAUUGGAGCUUCCUGGGCAAUCCUCAAGAGAUGGGCAGCCGGCGACUCUUCUGUGGCUUAGUAGUUUGGUGCUGCUGAUACGCCGAACGAGGACGGCCAAGGAUUUGUGAAUUCCUUUACUCCUGGAAUUUAACUAUGCACUGCUUCGGAAGAGGUUCCGGCGAGAUUUUAAUGGAGAGCAAGAUGGGACCGAAGCGAAACAGGGAGAGCGGAGCAGAAAUGGCUCCUCCCUGCUCUGGCGAAGAGUCGGCUGGGAGUGCCACUCCUGGGUCUGUUCCUCAGUGGUUAGGCCCAGCGUGAAUCUGUGGAUGAGCUUCCCAAAGCUGAAAAUGGUUACUGACUGCUUUUGUGUAGGACUGCAACUCAUCGCAGGUGGCAUCUCUUGCGACCCUUCAUUUCUACGUCUUGCAAAGAGGAAGCGUGUCUUUACUUGAGCCUUAUCCACUUACACAAGGGUGUUCUGCUUUGGUCAGUGACCUAAAAGCGUGCCUCUGUCCAUAGGCUAAAUUCGCUGUUAGCCUCAUGCGGAGGCGUUGACAACUGACUUAAACAUAAGAGGGCAAUGAAACACAGCAUUUUAGUUUCAAUGCACAGCAGUUCCUUGCUCUGCUUUGCUUUUAAUCUUAAGAGCUCAUCAGGCUUGUGCAGCAGUGUGUAUGUGUCGUCAAAUCCUUUCUUAUUUCUAUAAUAGAGAGAGGACAGGAGUAUCUGUUACAAACCUUUCAUGGAAUGUCUUUUUUUUUUAUUUCACUAACUAAUUGGUUUGAAAUAAGCUUCUUCUUUUUUUUGCAUCCUUUGCACCAAAACGAGUUACAGACAAACCUCUGGGGGGCAGCUUUUUAACCAUAGUCUCUCCCUAUUGCUAAAUUGUAUGACUGGGACCUUUGCAUCUUUUGUUCCUCAAACAAAUGAUCAGUUUAGCAAAUGUGUCUGCUUUGCCUUCGGGCAAAGGGAGCCCCCACUUGAUUGACACUGCUUUCAGUAUUGCUAAAUUCAUAAAACUAGCACCUGUAACUGUAGUAGAAGAUAACUGAUACUGACUUUGAACCAGUGGUAGGUAAGAGAUGAUGAUGCCCCCUCAGGAUGCUCAUGGCUGACUUUUCGUUCAACUCCAGGAUGUGUCUUGUUGAGUUGUGUUGACUUUCUUCUUGUUCAACUCCUUGCAGUUUUGCUCAUCAUUGACUACGGAAAAGUGUCUUAAUGCUUGAUAGCAGCUGAAAUCAAGCCCUCCUGAAGACUCUUAUCUAUAGACUCCUCAUCUUGAACAGCAACCUUGAGUGACCUCCUUUAACAUUUGGGUCAAGAGCCUUGUUUGUUUGGGGUUUUUGUUUGUUCCUUGUCUAGUUACCUGUGUACACCCUUUGGAAAAGCAGAAAGCAAUUUGAAGAUGACAAUAUUCAUAAACCCACCAAUGGCUCCUAUCUUCCCACCCUCUGAAGUGGUUGCCCUGCUCUUAUUUUAUUUUCUUGGAAACUCCUCUCUGUUCUGUUUUUAAUUAAUAGCUAUUGGAGCAUGUAAUGAACAUGGCAGUACAGGCCUGUUUCAUGUACUGCACGACAGCAAACCUGGGUCUGUGCACGUAAAAAAACGACACUCUUAAAUCUGAAGACGUUGCAAAUGAAAACCUUGGCGUAUCAAAAAAGAUUUCUGCAACUGGCUUCUUUAAGGUGGAUGUGGUAGGAGGAAAUACUUGAAAUUAAAUAAUGCCAGUUGUUUUCAGACUAAUCUGCCUCAUUUUCUCCCCCCUCCCAAUCCGUCCCACAAGUGGUUGCCUUACCAGAUUUAUAGAACAACAGUCCACUGGAUGAUAUCAGCUUUAAAAAAAAUGCAGCUCAAAACUUAUUUGUCCAUGAAAGCCAAUGACCGAUUGUUCCUUGCCUCCCAUUAGACUCUGUGUUGCACCUGCUGAUUUUCAGGGUUCACCAGACAUUUUCAAAUUUGUGAAACUCUCAUGAGCACCGCACUCCCGUGUAAUGUAACCAUGCCCCUACUGUAACCUAUUCUAUUGGCUCCUGUAAAAUGCUUCCUUCAAGACUUCAGUGGAGGCAAGCAGAGCAGCUCCUGGAAAGGCCUACGGGUGCCACGUUGGUGACCCCUGUUUGAAGUUUUUAUCCUGUUUCUGAUGGCUCUUGUUUUUCUCUGUAAUAGAUAUUCUGAAAAGGCUUCACUUAGGGAGGAAGCUAAGAUACAUUUCAUUCAAAGAGCACCAGACACGCCUCCUGCAGCUUGGUGAAACGUCCGUACCAUAGCUGCAUGGCUGGAAGGCUAGCGCUUGUUAUCUGUUCCCUCUGAACCAAGGAAUGGAUCAUCCACCGGGCAGUUUCAGGAGUGGGCAAAAUUGUGGCCGUACAGGACUGUAAUGACCUCGCCUUCAAAGCAAAGAAGCACAGGGACUCGGAGUUGAUGAGGACUUAUUGCUUGCCUAGAUUUUCCUUCAAUGUAGCAUUCAGCAGUGUGACACAGAGGGCUCAGGGAAAGCUUGUUGACACGGUGCCCUUCUGGCUAGAUUGGUAUCCCUUGUCCAGCUCACUGCUUCUUGAGCAGGACACCUGUCAUCGUUUCCUCCUGACAUUUUGGAAAAUGGAGAACGCUAUCCCCUAAGCAAUGCUGCUAGCCCCAGUCUGUUUCAUACCAGUAGCACUGCGCCUGCCGACAAUGUAGCACUCUUCUAGCUGUGUUUGCACAUCACAUGCUUGGUCCACACCAAGUAGCUUCCGCCUUUUGGAUUAUCCAAUCAGUUACCCCCUCCUGCAUCCCAGUCAACCUUGGCUGUGGUGAAGAGUUUGGUUGAAAUGCUACGCACGUUAGCUGUGUACUGAGUUCAUAAGCAUUUCCUGCAAAAACAGAGAUGGAGAACCUUCAGCCCUCCAGAUGUUGGUGGGCUACCAUCACCCUUGAUCAUUGGCUGUGCUGGGCUUGAUGGGAGCUGGCAUCCAAUGAUGUCUGGACGGUCCAAGGUUCCCCAGCCUGUGCUAAAAGGUUCUCGAAUGAAUUGUGAUGUCAGUCAGAGUCCCCCAAAAGGCCGAGGCAAGAUCCCUGGAAGUCUGGUUGGAGGAGGAGGGCUGUUCCCCUGAGCUGGAAGUAUUCCUUUCUUAAUGGAAGCAUUGGUAGGGAGAUAAGACUCUCCAUUGACUCAUGCCGUAAAGAGCAGGUGGCGAUGACCUCUAGAUUCUCCCAGGCCCACAAACAGCCCCAAAGCAGAGACUGAAGAGCUUUCAGUGACAGUGGACUGAGGUAGUUGAGUAGGGGCAGGCCAAAAUGCUUCUCUGGCGUCAAAGUGGGCAACCUCAAGCAGAUCCAAUCUGUUUCUCCUUAAUGCAAGCUUGCAUUUAGUACAAACAACAACAACGUUAUCAUUCACAAACCUGCACCAGGGCUUGGACUUGCCCAAAGACUAAUAGAAAGGUUACCUAACUGCAGGUACUCUUUAAACUGAUCAGUGAGUAUGAGUUGACUCAGUCACGUAAGAAGUGGAGGCAGGUUCUAGCCACAAAGGCUAGCUGGAGUGGAUUGACGUGGUGCAGCUGAGUUAAAAUAAAUUGCACCUUUAGCAGAUAAAGGGUUUUCUUCAGAACCUUAGAGCACGUUGCGCCACCAAGGCUUGUGGAAGUUAUGUGAGACCCAGUGAAAUUCCGUGCAGGUUUACUUGGAAAUUUACCGCUGUUCUCACUGCUGCUUACUCAAUAAUAACGACAGAGGGUUGCAGCUUUUGGCCUAUGCAAGCAUUGGCAAGUGACUAUGUGAAAGUGCUUCAUAGGAGAUAGGGGCAUGGGCUCUCUAUAUAGCUUGCCACUUACAAGAGUGGCGUUGUGCGUGUCACUUUGCACGUAGUGUCCAGUUGUGACACGUGUCUUGCAAUUGGGAAUUUUGCCUUAAAAAACAAACAAACCUGCUCUUUGUCCCCCGUUUCACCUAAAAUUCAAGCUAUUUCAUCUGGACCCGUUUAAGAAAACCCAUUUUAGCUGUUGCUCAUCUUUUCUUCAAAGAUUAUGGAAUUUUAAUACGUGCAAGGGAGUUGAGAGUUUUAUGUUUGUCGCUUCCUCUGUUAGUAUUGCAACCAUUUUAAUGAAUAUGGCAUUCAGUAGUUUGACCCACUAGCUGCUGACAUCCUUACGACUUCUGCAGAUGAGUUGGGUAACCACUCAGCAUGCAGACAUAAACAGAAAUAAUAGUAGAUAUUAUUCCUCCCCCCCUCCAUGAAGAUUGCAUUUAAGAUCCGUUUGCUUACAAAAUGCUCCUUUGUCUCUACUGCGGUGCAACUAGUGGGUGUCACAUUGUGGAAACACUAGGUAGCUUUGUAAAAUAACACAUUCUGAAUCGUUCAUUCACAGCACUGCUGUUGCAGUCAUCUCUGGGAUAUGCUGUUCACUGCAUCACAGCUGAUAAGUAGUUUUGCUGCUCCCGGUGACAUUCGCAGUGAAUUAGUUUACACCUGCAGAUGUUCCAACAUCAGUCAUGGCCAGCGUUAUACGUAGAUGGCCGCAGUAACAACACAUGAGGCUUCCUGUGCUCAUUGGUUAAAUAUGUAUACUGUACCAAAUGUUUUUGUGUGUUCUGACUCCAUCAUGCUAACUAUUUCCUCUUUUUUAAUUAUUAUUUCUUAACUUAAAACUGACUCCACCAGUAACUUGACAAAUAAAAUGUAAACAACCCAGCUUGAGAUGGGUGCCCAAA